CUUAGUUAAUAGCCUAUGUUUGAGUGGUUAUCAGACCAACAAUCUGUUACUCAGCACAGCUUAUGAAAAACACGUAUCAGAAUUUUAGACAGGGCGUGGAACAUUCAAAAAUGCUUAGGGAGAGAAGCAUGCUGCAGUCACUGAUAACGCUGGGUCUUUUUUUCCUUCGUACAGUUAAAGCGGAAUGUCCAGUUCCACGGGUCCUUGAAUACAGCGUUAUUUUGUCAAGUGAGGCAGUUCUACGGAACGAAUUUCCAGAGGGAUCCCUAAUCACACUGGAGUGCGACAACGGGUAUGUUGCACAGGAAGGAUCCCACACCAUAACCUGUCUAAGCGGCAAUUGGACUGAAGUGAAGUUGAGAUGUACAAGGAAAGAUUGUGGACCCCCCAAAGUGAUUCCACAUCUAACAUUUUUGUAUCAGAAUGGAAAAAAUGCAACAUAUUUUACGGAUCGAAUAACAGCAGUUUGUGAGCAGGGUUUCCAGCUUGUGGGAUCAAGUUUCUGGCAAUGUCUCAACCAUGGCUGGAAAGGGAGGUCAAUCUGUGAAGAGAUUGUGUGUGGUGAGGCUCAGAAUGACACUUUACCUGUUCUUGAAAAUGGACGUAUCGUCAAAGCUCCUCUUCACAAAGAACACAUUACGUUUGGUGAUUCCAUUCAGUAUAGCUGUAAUGACGACUACCAUCUCACUGGAAAUGAUACCAUCAAAUGCACUGAGAAUGGCUACACCAACCUGCCCAAAUGUGAAAGACAGAGAUUUCAGCAUCCAAGCAAGACACCCAUGAAAGAGCAAAAUGAGUCAUCAGUUUCUGAGUCAACUGGAACCAUCAUAGCUGUAUUUGGGGCUGUAUUUGGCAUUGGCUUAUGUGUUAUAUUAUGCCUAUGUUAUAAGGACAAGAACAAAGGACUAACCUCGCCUCAUAAUGAGGCCGUGACCUCCUAUUUGCUCGGAGCUAUGUCUGCAAGUCAUGACGCCAUUGCAUACCUAUUACGAGACAGUAGGCUAUGCAGGAGCUUCAGGUACAAACAACCAUGCAUCGCAAGCGGAAGCUGUGAAGAGUUUAGCUUAGAGUCGAUCGAGAAGAAAAAGGGUAGAUUUGUUCAUGGUGACUAUUUUUCAUGCAUUAGAUGUGUUGUUUUCAUAGCCUACACAGUGCAUCGUGCAGUGCUGAUUGUCUUUAUUGAUUGUUCUUCAGCUGCUGGAAGUGAGACAGACUCCGAACAGGGCAACGCACCACAGACGUCUUCAAAACGGACUGAAUUCAGACAGAAUGCCGCCAGUUACGAUACCUACUGCUCCGAGGCGACAAACAGCCACUUCACAGUGCUGUGAUUUUGGGCUUCUCAUGAGCUUCCCAUUUGUUGUGAGGGCAGAUCUCACUUUGUAACCUAUACCUAGUUGUGUGUCUGUGCUAAUAAAGCUCUUUCUUUGAAUAAA